AUGGUUCCGGAAAGCCGCAAUCUCGAUCAGCUCGAUCUAACUUGUCAAAUUCAAAUUUUCCGUGAGGCAAUGCAUGCAUGUGGCAAAUUAAAGUCGGGAGCGAGCAGAUUGAAGAAUAUCCCAAAUCGAACGAACCCUGAGGCGCAAUCCCAAGAAAAAUACUACCAGACGAAAUGGUUUCGCAUUUCCUGGACAUUUAUCUAUGAACCAGAUGAACUAGAUUUACCAAGACAU